AUGACAGCUGCUGCUGCAGCUCCUUCAGACAUUUGCCGACAAAUACAACCAUCAAAAAGCAUCGCUUCCACUCCGGCGGCGGCCCCGGCUGAGCGCACCUCCCGCCUCAGCCAACUGCGCCCCGCCGACCCGCGCCCAACAGCGGCACGGAUAACGGCGGGUCGGCCCGCACCGCCAGCACGGCUCACCCGCCGGCACCGGCCGCAGCCCGGAGCGGCCCGAGCCCGGGGAGCCCCGCGGGGCGCCCCCUCCCGCCGCUUCGGCCCCGGCCCGGCUCAGCCCUGCCCCAGGCCCAACCUUCCUCCGCCGCCGGACGCCCCUUCCCCUCCUCGCUCCGUGCCCGCACCCCGCCUGGCUCUGACUCUCACACCGAGCGCUGCGGCGCCGCUUCCCGGUGCGGCGGAGCGGAGCACGGCGCCGUGCGGAGCGAGCCGAGGCGGCGCGGCCCUGCCUUGCCCUGCCCGCUUCCCUUACCCGCGGCUCAUGGCACUGCCCGGCGCGGCCCCGGCGUUCCGCGGCCCGCGCCUCCAGCGCCGCGCCGGGCGGCAGCGAAGGGAUGAGAGGCGGCGGAGCUGCCCGGCGCCGCCAAUCCGGGCCCCGCGGUGGGCCGGGCCUGCCGGAGCCGCCGCAGCGCCGGCUGGAGGGGCGGGGCGGGGCGCGGGGCCGCCGCGAGCCGGGGGAGGCGGGGCGGGCCGCGGCCUGGCGGGGCGGCGGCGGGGACGGGCGGGGGGCAGAGGGGAAUCGGCCCGAGCGCGGGUGGGCGACGCGCUGCCGAAGUUUCGGUCCGAAGGGAGCGAUGACACGAGGAACGGCUCUGCCAAACGAGAGCGGCGGAUGACCGACGGGGGAUUAAUUGGGAUUCAUUGCUCUGCCGCUCACUCGGAAACAUCCGCGAAGAACGAGCGCCCUGCCCGGAGAAGCGCGAGCCGAGGCCGCGCCGCCCCCCCCGUUCCCCCCCCCCGCUGGGAGCCGCACCGCGUGCCGCCGCUUCUGCGGAAGACCGAAUUUAGUUGGGGUGUUUCUCUCGGCUGUCAGUGUGGGUUCUGCGUGUACAUUUUUAGCUCUGUAAUCACCGACUGCAUCAUUGCAUGGCAGCAGCUGCUGACGGCGGGAAUUCUAAAAGGAGAGGUGACCGAGCUGUCAGCACCCAGCAAAGUGUGGUGA